CACAAGUGAUCAUUACCCACAGUGUUCCCCUACCCUCAGAAACAAAACAAAAAAAACCCUAGAGAGCCGUCGAGGCAGAACCUUGAAGCAAGGGUUUGGGCAGUGAACCAGAGGCUACCGAUCAAGAUGACUUUCAAGCGAAGGAAUGGCGGCCGCAACAAGCACGCCCGUGGCCAUGUCAAGUUCAUCCGUUGCUCCAACUGCGGAAAAUGCUGCCCCAAGGUCUUUAAGCAUUAUUUUGAAGAGUUAGAAGAGGAACCACUUAGACAUAACUUUGUUGUAGUGUACGAACUACUUGAUGAGAUGAUGGACUUUGGCUACCCUCAAUACACUGAAGCAAAGAUUCUAAGUGAAUUUAUUAAGACCGAUGCUUAUAGGAUGGAAGUGACACAGAGGCCACCUAUGGCUGUGACAAAUGCUGUGUCUUGGCGCAGUGACGGCAUAAAUUAUAAAAAGAAUGAAGUACGUGUAUUCUUGUGAGAGAUAUUAACUGAUAUUGAAGCCACUGGAUUAUUUAGAAUGAAGUACGUGUAUUUUUGUGUUUCAUGGAAGAACACGGGUUGAAUCCUUGAGUAAUUAUAGAAUCCAAAAAUUCUUCGCUCUGCUGGAGGGUUUACUGGUUUGAGUUUAUUAUAAUCCUAAAAUUAAGAUAUCAUGCUAGGCUCACUAAUUAUCUAUAUACUAACUAAAGAGUUGGUCACAUUGCCUUAUCUGCUUGUUGCAUCCAGACCCUAAGGUCUGGAGUCUGUCAUAUGGAUGUAUAGAUAUGCAGAUUAAGGUUUGAUUAGAAUACUAGAAGGCAGCUUGGCCAGAUUGGUCCUUGACAAAUAACAUUUUAUGUUGAAUACUAACAUGUCAAUAUUGGGCAAAACUUGAUUUUGUUAAAAUAUGCAAUUAAUAUUAUGUACUUGUGCAGAAGUUAUGAUGCGAUUUGAGCUGUUCUGUAAGGGUGGUGUUUGGCCACAUAGGCCCAUUGAGAUUCAUUUUGGUUCUUCAGUUGCAAUGG